UUGCCUCUGAAUUGCUCUCAUUUGGUUUCUACCAUAAUUCCGCAGCACACGCGACAUAAUGCAUUGCUUUAUUUAAUAUAAUAUUAAUUGAUUGAUAUUGAUGCAUGAGUUGAAACCGUCCCUGCCAAUUACACGUUCUUUAUCAAUUUCAGAUCUGAACCCAAAGUUAGCAUCUUUCGGUUCUUCACAAUUCAAAUGCUUCAUUGGGUCUCCCCCUCCCGCAAAAUUCUGUUGCUAAUUCGUGACUUUGAAAUUCUAGGCACAAAAGCAUGUCUGGGGCAAGCCAAGCCAUAGACAUGGAGCAUGCGGGGUUUUCAAAAGCGAAAUCCACGGCGGCUCAGGCCGCCGAUCACGGCGGAAACCCUGGUAAGAAAACGGGUUCGGUUUCGAUGGAUCAUGUGCUUCUGGCUUUGCGUGAGACGAAAGAAGAGAGGGAUCUUCGUAUUCGGAGCCUUUUCAAUUUCUUCGAUGCUGCCAACAAUGGUUACUUGGAUUAUGCUCAUAUUGAGACUGGGUUAUCUGCACUGCAGAUACCUCCUGAGUACAAGUAUGCAAAGGAUCUCUUGAAGGUGUGUGAUGCUGACAGGGAUGGUAGAAUUGAUUACCAUGACUUCAGGAGAUACAUGGAUGACAAGGAACUUGAACUUUACCGCAUCUUUCAAGCUAUUGACGUUGAACACAAUGGCUGCAUUCUCCCUGAAGAGCUCUGGGAUGCACUUGUCAAGGCUGGGAUUGAAAUUAAUGAAGAGGAGCUUGCUCGCUUUGUGGAGCAUGUCGAUAAGGAUAAUAAUGGAAUUAUCACUUUUGAAGAAUGGAGAGAUUUUCUUCUACUUUAUCCUCACGAAGCAACUAUUGAAAAUAUAUAUCAGCAUUGGGAGAGGGUGUGCCUUGUAGACAUUGGAGAACAAGCUGUAAUUCCUGAAGGCAUCAGCAAGCAUGUGCACAGGAGCAGAUAUUUUAUUGCAGGGGGGAUAGCAGGAGCUGCUUCUCGCACAGCAACUGCUCCUCUUGAUCGUCUAAAGGUGGUCUUACAAGUUCAGACUGGACGUGCUUCUAUUAUGCCAGCAGUGAUGAAGAUAUGGAAACAAGAUGGUUUACUAGGGUUUUUCCGAGGUAAUGGAUUGAAUGUUGUGAAGGUAGCACCGGAAAGUGCCAUCAAGUUUUAUGCCUAUGAAAUGCUGAAAAAUGUAAUAGGAGAUGGUCAAGGGAACAAGUCAGAUAUUGGUACUGCAGGAAGACUUUUUGCAGGUGGUAUGGCUGGUGCAAUUGCACAGAUUUCUAUCUAUCCAUUGGAUCUUGUCAAAACUAGGUUGCAGACUUGUGCUUCUGAAGGUGGAAGGGGUCCUAAGCUGGGCACACUUACAAAGGAUAUAUGGGUCCACGAGGGACCUCGGGCUUUUUACAGAGGGCUUGUUCCAUCUCUUCUUGGUAUGAUUCCUUAUGCAGGCAUUGAUCUCACUGCUUAUGACACCUUGAAAGAUAUAUCCAAGAGAUAUAUUCUAAAUGACAACGAACCUGGUCCUUUAGUACAACUCGGAUGUGGGACAAUUUCAGGAGCUCUUGGAGCUACAUGUGUCUAUCCGUUGCAGGUUAUUCGGACAAGACUGCAAGCACAACCUUCCAACGCUUCUGGUGCUUACAAGGGAAUGUCUGAUGUAUUUUGGAAAACUCUUAAGGAUGAAAACUUGAGAGGUUUCUACAAGGGCCUCGUUCCAAAUCUCCUCAAAGUUGUGCCAGCUGCAAGCAUUACUUAUAUGGUUUAUGAAAGUAUGAAGAAGAAUCUAGAUCUUGAUUAGAGAGGAGUUGUAGUUAUUGCCCUAGAAAAUUGAGCUAAUUCAAAUAUUAUAGGAAGUCUUGAAUUGUUGAUGGUGACGAAAAAGAAAAGAGAUUACCAAUCUUGUAGGAACUCUUACAAAUAGUCAUUCUUUUGAGAGGAUAUCUUAAAACACGAUUUUGUAGUCAGAAAGUUUUUCCCCAUGCUUAUCUGAACUAAUGUUGAGAAAUUAGGGUUGUAUUCUAGAUAUACCAAGGUAAUAGGUAUUAUCCUUUUCGAUAUGUAUUUUGUCCACUAUUUCUUAUAGUCA